GGAGUAAGGGGCUGUGGGGACACCUUGAGGGGCUGCCACCCCCACGCCCACCCCCUCACACCGCCCCGCCACCGCCUCCCGGCCGCGGCGGCUGCGCCGUGAAGGGGCGGCCCCGGGCGGCCCGUCCCCGUUCCGCCAUGCUGCCCAACACGGGGAAACUAGCAGGAUGCACUCUCUUCAUCACGGGUGCAAGCCGAGGCAUUGGCAAAGCCAUUGCCUUGAAAGCUGCCAAGGAUGGUGCAAACAUUGUGGUGGCUGCCAAGACAGCUGAGCCCCAUCCUAAACUUCCAGGGACUAUCUACACUGCUGCAGCAGAGAUUGAAGCGGCUGGAGGAAAGGCUUUGCCAUGCAUCGUUAACGUGAGGGAAGAGCAGCAAAUUAUUAAUGCUGUGGAGAAAGCUGUGAAGACUUUUGGAGGGAUUGAUAUUUUGGUGAACAAUGCAAGCGCCAUCUCUCUGACUGGCACUUUGGAAACAGAGACAAAGAAGGUCAACCUCAUGAUGGAUGUCAACGUACGAGGGACCUACCUCACGUCCAAGACAUGCCUUCCAUACUUGCGGAAGAGUAAGAACCCCCAUAUCCUCAACCUCAGCCCACCUAUGAAUAUGAAUCCCAUGUGGUUCAAAAAUCAUUGUGCUUACACCAUUUCUAAAUACGGAAUGUCCAUGUGCGUCUUGGGGAUGGCGGAAGAAUUUAGAGGAGAAGUUGCUGUCAAUGCUUUAUGGCCUAAAACAGCUAUACACACAGCUGCUAUGGAUAUGUUGGGAGGAUCUGGAAUAGAGAAACAGUGCAGAAAAACAGACAUCCUUGCAGAUGCUGCGUAUUGCAUUUUAACAAAACCGAAAAGUUUCACCGGAAACUUCAUUAUUGAUGAAGUUCUGCUGAGAGAAGAAGGAGUUAAGGAUUUUGAUGUCUAUGCAAUUGCACCAGGUCACCCCCUGAUGCCUGACUUCUUCUUGGAUGCUGAAAUUGACAUGACAGCCACGAAACCAGAAAGCCAUGGAGCUUCCCAGACAUUCAAGGAGGAGAAGAAAUCAAGUGAAUCCAGUACAGCACCUGCUUCAGGUCCUGUUGCAGAAACAUUCAGAGUUAUUCAGGGAGCCAUCAGUAAAGAAUUUGUGAGAUCUACGCAGGGCGUCUUCCAGUUCGAAUUGUCUGGUGAGGAAGGAGGCACUUGGUACAUCGACCUGAAAACCAAUGACGGCAGCGCUGGCUUUGGAAAGCCUCCUGUGACGGCCGACGUCGUUAUGAGCAUGUCGAGUGGCGACUUUGUGAAAAUGUUCACAGGUAAACUAAAGCCAACCAUGGCCUUCAUGUCAGGAAAGUUAAAGAUCAAAGGUAACAUGGCACUAGCAAUAAAGCUGGAGAAGAUGCUGACGCAGUUUAACUCUAAACUUUGAGGGGAAAGCCUUCCUCAUGGAACUUUGGCCUUUCAUGUAUAAUGACAACGCUGUUUUUAAAUACUUGUCCUUUUUAAUGAAAUAUAAUACGUAAGAAUAAAAUGUGAGACUGUUAGAGAAGAAUAACUGAGUCUGAUUAAGACUAGAAUGUGUUUGUCUUGAUUAAACGAAUUCCUUCUUGAGAAUACA